AGGGGCGGGGCGGGGAGCGGGGACCGCGCUGCCGUCGGUGCGAGUUUGUCGGUGUUUGUCGGUGUUUGUCGGUGUCCGCCAUGAGCUCCGCGCCCCCCGUGUUCAUCAGCGCUGCCGACGUGGAGCGGCUGCUGCCCCGCGCCAGCCUGUUACUGCCGGGACUCGAGGCCGCGCUCAGCAACUUCUCGGCGGGGCCGGCGGGCGGCGUGGAACAGCCGCUGAGAGCGGUACUGAGAGUACGGCCGUACCGGGGGUUCCUGGGGGUCAUGCCGGCCUACAGCGCCGCUGACGACGCGCUGAGCACGAAGCUGGUGACGUUCUACGAGCCCCGCGGGGACUCGGCCGCGCCGUCGCACCAGGCCACGGUUCUGCUGUUCGACCCGCGCUGCGGGGCGCUGCGGGCGGUCCUGGACGGUGCCGUCAUCACGGCGAAGCGCACGGCGGCGGUUUCUGCCAUCGCCACCAAGCUGCUGAUGCCGCGCCCCGCAGCCGUGCUCUGCAUCCUGGGAGCCGGCGUCCAGGCCCGCAGCCACUACGAGGCCUUCACGGAGCUGUUCGACUUCACGGAGGUCCGGCUGUGGAACCGCACGGAGCAGCGCGCGCUGCAGCUCGCCAGUUCCGUGGGCGGCGCCGUGCGCGUGUGCGGGACCGUGCGGGACGCGGUGUGCGGGGCUGACGUCAUCGUGACGGUCACCAUGGCAACCGCGCCGAUUCUCUUUGGAGAGUGGGUGAAACCGGGCGCCCACAUCAACGGGAAACUUCUGACUGAAACUGCUCCGGGUCUGCUUAUGGAGAACAUGAGGCCGUUGGUGGCUGGGGACGCUGUGCAGUUGUUUGUCCCAGGUUCUCACAUUGUGCUGUUCAGCGGUCGGGGCGAGCAGGCCGGACUGGAGGGAGCUGGACGACGCGCUGAUGAAGAGCUCGGUGCUGGUGGUGGAUUCCAGGGAGGCGGCGCUGGCGGAGUCGGGGGACGUGAUCCUGUCCGGGGCAGAGAUUUUUGCGGAGCUGGGGGAGCUGCUGAAGGGAACAAAACCGGCACAGCCCGAGAAAACCACCGUCUUCAAGUCUCUGGGGAUGGCAGUUGAAGACACCGUAGCUGCCAAGUUCGUGUAUGAUGCGUGGUCAGCUGGAAACUGACGGGAGCUCCGUGAUGCCAGCGGGGCCGUGACACAGCAGCAGAUCACCCGCACUUGGUUCCUUGCAUUUUGGUUAACAAGAUGAAUUCCGCCCAAACGCAGCUUUCAAGAAUGACAACUAACACUUCGUGGGACCUCCUGUGUUUUCUGUACCUGUAGGAGCCUGCAGCACUGCUGGCACUGUCUCGCACGCAGUGCUGUGGGUGGAUGUUGGCGCUUGCACUAACAGGGUCCUUCCACGCUUUGCUCUGCCCUCCCCAGUUAUUUAUGGUGCAGACCAGGGGUAGAUCUCAUGGUGUAACCGAUCUGUUCCUACUGCAGUAACAGAUGGUUUGGAGGCUGGAGCUCCACGCCUGGAGCUGGGAUGGUCUCCGUGCAGGGUGGGCUGUGAGCGGCUCCUUGGCUGGGAUCAGCCCCCCCCAUUUCCUGCCCGCAGCCCCCCCUGGUUUUCAUUAGGAGCACGUUCCCAGCAGGAGCCAUGUACGGAGCUGUGCCUCCAUACAGGUGGGCUUUGCCAUGGGAGACCUGGCUCAGACAGACUGUACUGGAUCCCUCCUUUGCUGCUUUUCCUGCCUGCAGUUUUGCCUUUUUCUUGCUGGAGGGACUCACCCAAAAUGUCAGUGCUGAAAAUGUGCUUUGAUUUAAUGUUUCCUUGUGUUAGCUGGGAGGUUUCCUCACUCACCCGUGGUGUCUGCAAGCUGUUCUCAAAGCGUCUUUGGGGCUGGAACACCAUCUGACUUUGGCCAGUAGAGCUUGUAGUGCACAGGGAGAUGGAUUCUAUGGCCAUGCUGUGUGUCCACUGGUAAUAGCUCUUAUCCCAGUGUCUGUGCUGGGCAGCAAUGUCUGUGCUCCUCCCUUGGCAGCGGAGCCAGGAGUGCUGUGCAGGAGGAAGGAUUCCCAUUCUGUGCUGUUAUGUGGUGGCUGCACAGCGGGUCGGGCAGCAGCUGAGAACAGCCCUGGCUGUGUCUGCAGCCCGUGUCACAGUGCAGCCGUGCAUGGGAGCUUUGUUUCUGCUGGUCUGCACCUUCCCAUGGGAUGGUCUGCCUGCCUGUGCCCUGCGAGAUGUGGGGGGGGUGAGGGGGGAAGGAGGCCGUGGAGCAGCGUAUGUGGGCACCUCGUUGGCAAGUAGGUACGUGUGGAAGGGGUCGAUGAGGACGGUGUCAGUGCUGCUGGUGGCAUCCGGAGCCAUGAGCCCAGUGCAGGGCAGUGGGGAGCAGCAGUGUGGAUUUGCAUGGUGGGUUUGGGUGGUGGGGAGCAGGGAAGGGGGAUCUGUUUGUGUGGGUAAAGGUGGGACUUGGCCGCUUUUGCUGCUUUUUUCUUUGUACUGAUUGUGAAGUGCUGAGAAACGUCUGGGCUGUUACUGCAGUGCUGGGGAGCAGGGGGGGCUGUGGGCACAGCAGUGCUAUCUGUGAGAGCCCCACGUCCGUAUGGGGCAGCGCUGUGGGGUGGCUGUGCAGCGUGCUGCCUGUGGUGCUGCUCGGUUCAUUGCUGCCUGCACUCUGCUGGUGUGAUCCUGGACAAGCAGCCCGUGCUCACAGCGUCUGUUUGCAGUGGGAGCCGCUGUGAGCCCAGCUUCAGAACAUGGGGCUUCCCACUGCCCCGAGGGGAGCCGGGCUGCUCAGCACAGUGGGGCCACUUGGAUGCCUCCCCAGGUCUUUGUAGUGCAAAGAACAGGCCUAACUGCUCUGCUUCCUUCUUGUACCAAUUAAGAGUCUCGAGAUUUGUUGCAACAAUCAUCUGUUAAAAUAAAAUAGCUCCUGUUUGA